AUGGUAUUACAGAAAGUAAGUGAAGCAAAAAAUAUGAAUGAACGAGUUGGAGUUGCUGAUGAGCAGGUAGUUGAAGCCAACAAAUCCGGAAAGAAUUUAACCCAGAAAAAGGAGUCUAAAACAACUGCCGAGAAGCAAGAUGAUGGUGCUAUUGAAAAAGAAAUCAAGGAUGACAGGGAGGAUAAAAAGGAAGAGGCAAGAGUAGAUGAUAAGGAUCUCAAGGUUGACAAAGAUGUUGCUGGGAAUAAAAUGGAGGCUGGGGUUGCAAAGCAUAAAGAUCCGAAGAAGGAUAGUCAUGAGGGCAAAAGGGAAAGAGCGAAGGAUGAAAAAGAGAAACAAACCAAGAAUGGGAAGGAUGGACCUAAAAGAAAAUCGAGUGAUGAAGGAAAAGGGGAAGCAUGA